UUAAAAUCAAUUGUCAUCAUAAAACUAAAUGAGAAAAAAAUGUCUCUAUACAUGUGUGUGUGGUGAUGGCGUCGUCAACUGUACAAAAUAAUUAGACAUUGAGCCAAAAAAAAAAAAAUUUUACAGAAAAUUCCUUUUAAUGGUUGAAUCUUGUUAUAAUCAUUUGAAUCAAUUUUAUGCCUGUUAAAGACACUAAAAAAAACCUUAAAAGCUUAAUAUCUUGGAUUUCAGUUAUAGUAAACACAAAUCAUCAUCAUCAUCAUCAUCAUCAUCAUCAUUGUUCGUAAUUGAUAUUUAUCAACAUUGAUGAAAAUGUCGUUGACAGCUACAAACAACAAUAAUAAUAAUAAUGACAACAUUAACGGUGAACAAGAGCUAACAUCGUAUCUGAAAUCUAUGUUCAUCAAAUUGAACGAUAAUAGCAAUAUAGAUUCGAAUCCACAGAUACAGCCACAACAAUCAUCAAUCGACAAUGCUACCAAUAAGAUCAUCGUGAAUGGUGAUGGCAUUAGUGUUGUUGUUUCAAACUCCGAUGUCAAACACAGUGAUGAUCGUAACCAAUGUGAAUCGAAAAAAUUCGAUGAAUUAUCAAAACCGUCCAUCAUCACCAAUGUUGGCGAUCGACAAAUAAUCGACGAUAAUAAUAACAAUGUUGUUGUGGUCACUUAUGAUGAUGAUAGUCGUAACAAAAUCGAAACAAAAAAUCAGAAUGAUACAUUAAAUAAAAUUAAUGGUUCUUGUUUGGCUGUUCAAACAAAUAAUUCGAGCACUUCAUCACUAUCAGCAUCAUCAGUGAUGACCGAAGAGAAAAACAAUCAGAACAUCAUCAUAAACAGUAAUGAUCAAAAACAGGAUAUAAUAAGUGAACAGCAGCCAAAAUCGCCAGUUAAUGAUCAUAAACUGAAUCAAAGUGAUAGUUUUGCUGAUAAUAAUAAUAAUAAUCUUGGUAAUAAUCAUCAUCGAAAAAAACAAGAGCCAAAAGAAAUUGACCAUACAAAUGAUCAUGUUGUUAUUGAUGAAAAUGAUAAAGAUUUUCAAAAAAAAACUGAUCAAGAAAAUUUUAUUAAUGAAUUGUUACAAAAAAUACCAAAAGCAUCUGUAGAAGAACGAAAAAAUCAUCAACAUCAACCUCUUAAUACAGAUAAUAAUAAUAAUCCUACAACAAUUACACAAGAGUCAAUUUUAUCUUCUUCUCUUGGUAAAAUCAAUGAGAAUGUACCAUUGAAUAAUUUUGAAUCGUCAUCACCAUCAUCAUCACUAUCGGAAUCCGGAGCCGAUAAUAUUGAAAAACAAUUUAACGAAUCAGGCGUACAUUCAGAUGAAUCAAGAUGUAGCAGUGUUAGCCAAGUUGAAACAUCAUCCAUUAAUUCGAUUGAAACAAACAUCCAUAACAACGUUAAUCAACGAUCAAAUGAUACAGAUAAUCGAAUUUACAGUCGACCAACAAGUAUGGUCGAAGUUUUCGAUAGUGAUAUCAUUUCCGAAGUGAACAAACAAAAAAUAUCUAAUUUUCGUUUCGAAUCAAUCAAAGAAGAUCGGCCAGUAACCAGAACACGUGUACAAGAAUUACGUGAAUUUUGGAAUGAUCGUUCAUUGAUAACUAAAGCGAAUCAAGACAAGAAAUAAUCAAAAACAGAAGCAGAAUGAAUAGGAAUUUUUUAUUUUAUUAUAUAUGAUUAUGAUUUCAAGAUGAUAUUGUUUUUUUUUGUAACAAUAGUUUGAUUAUUAUUAUGAAACUAAAAAAAAAUGUUUGCGUUAUUUAGUUUAUGAAUUCAUCUUUAUUAAUUAAAUAAUAAACAAAUACAA